CACCUUAGCUUGGUUCCGGCGGCGUCGGGUGCUGUAGCGGGAAAAGUGAAGCCGGACUGGAGGACUACCCCCGCCUCGAAUACCCCAGAUUUGAUUCACCAACAAGGGGGUAUCUUUCCUUCUUACCACAUAGCAGUAGGGCGAACGGAAACUCUAGGAUCCUAGUCUGGAAGAGAAAGACUGCGAGCACAAAGGUAGGAGGAGAGAGCUCUUCCUUCUCUUUAUCUUUUGUCCCCCACCAACCCCUUACUCCUUUCUUCCUUCUACUCCUUUAUCACUUUCCAGAAAUGACUUAAGUUCUUACCGCCAGUCUUCAUUUUGACUCCGAGGGUGAAGAGCACUGUCCUGAAAAUGCUUUAUUGCCUUUUAAAGAGAAGUCAUUCAGCUGCCAAACUCUCGCGGCGCGCAGCGCCGUGGUCACGUGCCAUAGGUCUUCAGUAUAUAUUCGUAGACUAGAAUGGGAUAGCUUAGCGGACGUGAGAGAUUUACAUUUCCUAACUAUUGUACAUUUAUUUGUGUUGCCCUAUGGAUUCAUUCCUUUUGUCAGCAGUUUGUUGAAUGACUGACUACCAUGUACGAAAUUUUGUUCUUGGCCCGGAGGAGGCUGCAGUAAACAGAACAACAGAAAGCUCUGCCCUCAUGGAGCUUACAUCCUAGUAGGGGGAGCAAUACAAUGAGCGAGUAAAAUAUAUGGCACAUUAGAAGGUGACUGCAUUUUUGUGAGAUUAUAAAUGUACCAAGGAGGUUAACAAAACUAACUCAAGAAGAAUGGAAGAAGGUCAUCUGGAAGCCUCAAAUCUUCCUCCAAAAAUUUGGCAUUCUGCGGUGACAGUGUCAGUGACAGGUGAACCACCUACUGCUGUAGAAGAAAAUGAAGAAACAGCCAAAGAAACAGCCAUAGAAAUCAUCCCAGAAGUCAUGGAGCCACUCUCCUUUCUAGAUGUACUGAGGAUCUCUGCAGUUCUGGAGGACACCACAGACCAGCUCUCUAUUCUAAACUAUAUCAUGCCAAAGAAUGACAAAGAACUGCAUUCAGAACGAAAAAGCUUAGAAAAACUUUCACUGGUCUUAAAACCCUCAAAAAUAUCCGGUCCAUUCAUACAUAAAGAAGAGCCCAAGUUGCCAGAAAUCAGACAAGGAGACCAAUUUAACAAAGUGCAAGAUCUUAUCUUCAAAAAACCUACAAGGCAAACCAUAAUGAAUACAGAGACACUGAAGAAAAUUCAGAUUGAUAGGCAAUUUUUCAGUGAUGUAAUUACAGAAACCAUGCAGGAGUUGCAAGAUUCAGGCACUUUCACCAAUCUCCUGAAAGCUUUGGGCAAAGAGAGGGAAAACAAAAUGUAUUUCUAUAAUAUCAUUGCCAGGGAGAAAAAUGGAAGAAAAAAGAUAAAAUCUCUUCAAAAACAGCUGCUUAAUGUCAAAAGAGAAAGGCAAUCUGAAGUACAGAGUCGGCAUGAAUAUAUUGCUCACCUCAAGCACCAGUUGCAAGAGGUGAAGGCAAAAACCAACAUGGAGAAUCGCUAUAUGAAGAGAAACACUGAGCUGCAGGUUUCCCAGACCCAGAAAAAAUGUAGCAAAACAGAGGAGCUCUUGCUGGAAGAGAUUGAGAAACUAAGGCUGAAAACUGAAGAAGAGAACCGGAUUCAUGCAGAGAUUGAAAUAUUUCUUAGAAAGGAGCAGCAGAUAAGGGAAUAUGAACACAUCAUCAUUGAAGAUCGUAUAGAAAAGGAGAAGACCCGGGAGAAGACAGAACAGGAUCACUUGGAAUUAAAGAGCAGCAUAAAGCUCCAGGCCUGGUGGCGAGGCACUGUGGUGCGGAAGGAAAUUGGUGGUUUCAAAAUGCCCAAGAAGGACAAAGGUGAUGGCAAGGAUUCAAAAGGUAAAGGUAAAGGCAAAGACAAGAACAAGCAGAGAGGCAAGAAGUGACCAAGUUAUCUUCUGUCUUUUCUGAUGGUGUUUAGAGGUGGGAAGGAGGACCUGAAGGGAGUAAGAAACAUCUUUUACCAUCAGAUAACUCAUCUACAGGUUGUUUCUUAUUUGGACAUUCCCAGGUGAGGCCUGGUUAUACUAGGUCACCUUGACUGUUAUACUAGUUUUCA